AUGCCAGCAAUUUUACCAGGAGAACAUCCACUUGUGAAAAGUUUGGUGUUAGAAGAUCACCGGAGAAAUGGGCAUGCUGGUGUCUCAUACACUUUAAAUUCUUUAAGAGAGAAAUACCGGCUUCUCUGCGGAAGGAGAGCCGUUAAACAUGUAUUGAGAUCUUGCAUUAUUUGCAAGCGAUUUUCAGCUAAAGAUAAUAAUAAUCCUCCCACUGCGCCACAAUCAUCAGAUAGAGUUCAAGACGCUGCUGCAUUUCAGAUAACGGGAAUGGACUUUGCUGGCCCAGUAAUUCUAAGAGAUAACUCAAAAUCUUGGAUUGCUCUUUUCACCUGUGCGGUGUAUCGUGCCGCCCACCUUGAAUUAGUGACAUCCAUAUCAACAGAGACAUUUCUACUAGCUUUUCAUCGUUUUGUUGCUCGCAGAGGGAAACUUUCAGUCGUAUACAGUGAUAAUGGAACUAAUUUCAAAGGAGCUGCUAGUGCUUUUGCGUUUAUUGAUUUUGAGAAAAUUUUCCUUGAAGCAAGAGAACACAUAACUUGGAAGUUUAUACCACCUAAUGCUCCUUGGUGGGGAGGUUGGUGGGAGAGACUUGUAGGAAUGAUGAAAAUUAUUUUAAAGAAAACUCUAGGAAGAGCCAGUUUAAGUUACGAAGAAAUGAUUACAGCUUUAUGCAAUUGUGUGGCUAUUUUAAAUGAAAGGCCUUUAACUACAGUAUCACCUGACCAUACCAGACCUUAA